AUUGGCUGUAAGAGAAACAAAAGUUUGCUAGACUUAUCCAAAAGAUUUCGAUUUUUCAAAUUCUACUAAACGUAUAUUUAUAAAUUUUACGAUAUUUAUAACGCAAUAUCAAAACUAGUGAUAUGAAUAUAUAAUUUAUACAUAAGAUUCUAUAUACAGCAUUCUAAAAGUUCUCUGUUUACUUUCAAGAAUUUUGUUAUUGAAUUCUUAUGCACGUAUUAUACAUUCAUCUAUUAUAUAUUUUCACUCAGUACCUGGUAAACAAAAAGCUGAAACUAAGAAUAAGCGUAUAUACAUCACAUAUUAAAGUAAUUUAUCUCUCUUUUAGAUGUAAAACUAUAUUUUAUAAUUCUAUAUUGUAAGAUUGAGGCUUGCUCUUAAUAAUAAAUAAAAAUAAUUCUUCUUCAACAUAUAAAGUAAAAUUGUUACAUUCAAAUUAUUUCAAAAUCUAUACUUUCAUGAAUGGAUACUCAUAAAAGUCUACUAUUUAUAUAAUCAAUAGAAUACAGAAUAUAGAACAAGCAGUUAUAUAAUUUUAAAGUAGAAAGCGUUUUAUAAUUUCGAUAAGAAAACUCUUGUAUGAUGGAUGUUUACAAUAGUAAGCAAAGUUUAUAUAAUGAUAAAUCCAGAUUAUCAGUUUCUAUAUAUUACUGUUUGGUUAUGUUCCAUGUAACAGGUGUAUAAUACCACCUGUUGAUUUUAAUUUAUUCACCCAUUCAGUUUUACAUGAAUUACCAUAGCAGUAAAUAAAACAAGCUGAUAAAAUAGUAUAAUUACAAGAAUUAUUUAUUAUGACAUUAACAAGCUACAUUGUUUCUUAAUGAAUACUCAACAACCCGAGAGUCACGGAUAAAACGAUCUAAUGCAAUCGAGCACAUAUAGGAUCAAUGAGAGUCAAUUAAUGUUAUUAGAUCACAAGCUGACUAUAUUUCCGGCAGCAAACUAUGAUGCAGUAUUAAAGUAAUGGUACAACUAUAAGAUGCAUCUUUAUCGUUUCAAAUCGCGCUCCGUGUUUCUAGUUGGAUUUGGAAUUGGAAUUCUCUCUGCGUUACUCUUGCUUACAGUUCAACAUGUAUUUAAUAGCAUGUCCAUUUAUGAAAGAUCCUUCAUGAAUUCUUAUACCACAGAUCUUUCAAAGUGGUUUACUUCUGUCACACCAACUAGUCAAGAGAUCACUUUCCAAUUAUGGGAAGAGAAAAAGGUGAAAGAUAGGUUUGCAAAUGUAACGUAUGGAAAAUGGUUGGAAAAUCAGCAGGUGAAGAUAAAGGAUAUAGACAUGGAUACGUAUCUUUAUGGAAUUAAGGGGAAAGAAAGAUUGGAAGCUGAUUGGUUGAAAUCUAAUGUUCAUCUUACUUGUAUUGUUUUUGUGAAAAAAAUUAAACUAGCAAGAUCGAUCAAAGAUACUUGGGGAAAGCAUUGCAAUAAGAUAUACUUCUUUGGUCAACAGAAAGAUUCUGAAGUACCUGUUAGAAACUUUGACAAAAAGCUUGUCUCCUCUUGGCAGCUUCUAUGCGAAGCGUUUAACUAUGUUUGGAAAGAUAACGCAACCUUGGAAUGGCUUGUAUUUGUAAAAGAUGACACAUUAGUGAUUCCUGAGAAUUUACGUUAUAUGCUUGGCCCUCUAAAUUAUACCGACGAUUAUUAUUUAGGCCAUGCAGUGGUGAUGUGGGGUCAAUCUUAUAAUGCUGCUGACGCUGGGUAUGUAAUCAGUAAAGGAGUUCUUAAAAAGUUGACCACAAUGUUUGAUAAUUCUGCAAAAUGUAUAACUGGUGGUAAAUAUUGGAAACAAGAAGAUUAUUAUCUUGCUAAGCAUUUAGCAACCAUGGGAAUUCAUCCAUCUGAUACAAGAGAUCAGUAUUUAAGGGGUACAUUUCAUGGGUAUUCCUUACAAUCUCUCUUAUGGGGUGUUGCUAAAAUUGGCGUUUAUUGGACUCGUGCCUUAUAUCCAGCACACGACGAAUGUUGUUCUUUUAUGUCUGUUACUUUUAACGUCGCCGAAUCAGACAAAAUGUACACAUUGAAUUAUUUAUUGUAUCAUUUACAUGUCUUUAAAAAUGAAGCUAUUUUUGGGACUAGAAAUGCACCAGUUUCUGUACCUGAUGAAAACGUGUGGAAGGUUGCACUGAAGGAGGAGUUUAACAUCACAUAUCUAAACAAUAUUUCUAGUGAUGCAUAUUAUGAGAUAUGGCAUUCGAAAUAUUCUGAGCCAGGGCAAUUAAUUGCUCAAAAUUAUCACGGUAGAAAUUAGACAAGUUUGAUUAAUUUUUAUACUCCUAUAUAUUUAUUGUUACUUUUAUACAAUUUGUACAUAAGAAGGAUGAAAUUUAUAUGCGAAGUUCUCCAAAGAUAUUUAGAAAUACCUCAUUUGUGAAAUUAAUAGAUAUCUGAUAUUUCAAUAUUUAUUGCAUAAUUAUUGUAUUAAUAAUGUUAGCUACAUGAGACAGUUUAAUGAUUGUUAAUGGUUGAUAUAGUUUAUUUACGCAAUAAUAUCGCUCUAUUUCAUGAGUUUUAUUGAUACAACGAAUUGUGAGACCAGUGAAAUGGUGUUAUUUGAUAAGCAUUUCCCUUGUUACACCAACGUUGCCUUAUCUGACUAAUUAGUAACUUAUUAACGCUUGUAAUAACCGUGAUAACUGAAUCAUAUCUCUAAUUUUAAAUAUGUGUCAAGAAUGUGGAAUAAUGGGUUUCUAUGUUAUUAAAUCUAGAUGAUCAUUCGUAUUUAGAUCUAUUACUAAUUAUCAGAGAUUAUCACGUAUAGUCAUAAGAAACAUUUGUAGUUAGAAAUUUAUACUCUGAACGACAAUAUUUGGUACUGUAUUUUAUGUAUACAUGUAUGUAUUUUUUUAUAUGGUACACGUUUUUAUUCAGAUGCUUUUAUAAAUUAUAAUCUAUAAUAAUAAAAGUAUUAAUUUUGGAGAAGUAAA